AUGCUUAGUAAUAAACAGCGGGCCGAGUUGCAAGAAAUAGCGGACGGUUGCCAGAAUUUCCUGACCGAAAUCGAGAAGACGAUCGAAAGUUAUAUGGAGUUGAAACUCAAUCAAGGAGUGGGCAAGAACGCGGUGAAAAGGGUGUGGAAACGGUUAAAGUGGGAGCUGGACGAGAUACACUCGCUUCGAAGUCGUCUCAGUAGUAACAUUAUCCUCCUUAAUGCAUUCAACGGGCAUAUAACGCAGGGCAAUAUCACAAAACUAGUGCAAUACCAAGACUGUCGAGAGCGUCGAGCAAUUCUUGACUGGCUUUCACCAGUAUCCGCCUAUGCCACUCAGCAAAAUGACUACAAAAGCCGGCGACAAACAGGAACUGGCCAAUGGCUUUUGGAGUCCCCUGAAUUCCGAACCUGGGUUAUGAACCCCAAACAGACGUUGUUUUGCCCCGGGAUCCCUGGAGCAGGAAAAACAAUUCUGACAUCCGCGGUAAUUGAAGAGCUUCAUGCACGGUUUGGAAACAACAGUGAUAUUGUAUUGCAUAUAUUUUCUGCAAUUACCAGCAAUUUGAGGAACAUAAGCCAGAAAGACUAUUGA